AUGGUCAGCUUCCGUGGAUCACUCGCACCCUCGCCAACCGUGCGCCGCAUCCGCGCCAUCUGCACCAACGCCUCUCUCUACAUCGAGGCAUUCCUGUGCAGCCUGCACACGGUCCUUUACUUUCUCUUCUUUCACACAUACCAGCCAGCAUCACGUGCAUGGUGGGAUUCGUCCAAGGGAUCUGCCGUCGUCGUCUACGCUCCGCACAACGACGCCAUCGCUCGAUAUGUCGCCCUUCGCCUAUCUUCCGGCUCGCCCUCCAGUUUCGCCCUCAAGGAUGUCGGUCCCACCAAGCGCAAUCCUCGCGCACCAUAUACCUGCUUCGUCCUGCACGCUGACCCGGAUCAGUUUUCCAUCACAGUAGCCCAGUGGGCGGCCAAGAAGGCACGCAUGGAAAAGGCACUCCUCAAACAGCGCAACGGUGGACGCUCGUCGGCCUCGUCGAACUCCAGCUCGCCCUCCUCUCCGACCUCUUCUACUCCCAUGCACGACGGUGAAUCAACACGAGAUGGCGCGAACAGCGAGCACGGCUCUUCCGAUCCCUCUUCGCCCUCCGCAGCCGCUUCCACCCUACACGCCAGACGCAGCGACGCCGGCGACGAAACCCCGCGUCCGAAUCGGCAACGAUCCAGACCACCACCCAUCCACAUUGGCAGGAACCUCCGCCGUCGCUCGCGCAGCUGGUCCAGCUGGGCCACCCCGGACCUGUUCGGAUACGGCGUCGACAUGCUCAAAGGCUGGAUGCCCGGUCGCACCUCGCCGAAAACCCCACCUUCUGGGACCAUCAUCCCCAUCAUGGCGGACGUGCAAACCGCCGACGGACUGGCCAUGGUCAACUCGACCAUCUCGGCCUACUGCAGUUCGCACGACCUCCUGCUCAGUGGCAUCAUCCUCAUCCCCUCGGUGCUGGCUCCACGGAAUGUGCCGCUCACCCGGGCGGCUGCGGCGCUCACCACGCGCGUCGAGAUUCCCAAGACCCCUGGCAGCGCCUAUAGCGACGUCGACCCGUUCACGCUGUGCAACCGGGAUGUGUGGGGCGAGAUGCGCAUGUCUUCUUCCUCCUCCCGACCUAACGGUGGGGCCAAAGAUCCAUUCGGGUUGGCACCCGCUUUCCGAGAGGAACUGGGUGCAUCGAUGGAAUCCUCCUCGUCAUCCAUGUUCAACUCGCACGCUUCGCCCCCGCUGUCGCCGUCGAGCAUCCGCAUCGUGCGCAUGCAGGAUGACGAGCAAGCGGCGCUCCACAGUGCGCUCGCCACCGACGUGGUGCAGUCCAAAGCGUUGAUCAACGUCCUCUUCCCGGCGCUGAAGCGGGAUAAGGGCCGAAUUGUGGGUUUCGUACCGUGUGGGUAUGGACCGGAUCUACCGCAGGAUCCGGAUACGCUUUCGCUCCAAUCGUUGCCGUCACGUGGCAGUGGCAAGUCGAGGGAUCGAUCGUCUUCUUCUGCCUCUUCCUCGUCGACCUCGGACGCUCCGAUUCUGCGAACGUGGCCCAGUCCAGUGGUCAAUACGGUCCGUUCGGCGCUUCGCACGUCCUACCGGGAACUCGAGUUGGAGUAUCGACGACGGGGUGGUGGAGCGUCCCAAGUCAGCGUUUCCAUGAUCGAAACCAACGCCCUGAUCCGUUUGCCUCAAACACGACUGAAAAAGGUGGUCAAGUGGAACGAGUCGGUGCGGUACUUUGCUCCCGGCAGUCGGGUCCGCUGGUGGCGACUAUCUGAUCUGCGUUUGGACCGGUUACCUUUCAUCGGUCGUUUCGGACGGUUGAGCGAUGAGGCGAGGGUCACACCUCCCAGGCCGAGUGGGAGACGCGAUGAGGGACGGUAUGAGAUUCGCAUUCCGACGGAGUUGCGACCCUUCCUGCGGGGGUGGACGCGACCGUUUGCGGAAAGUACGCCGGAUGGUGGGAAUGGGGAGAGUUCGGAUGGAGGAGCUCCAUUGAGCGUCCGCGCGCUGAGGAGGGUGGUGAGGGUGUUUGGUUGGUUGGAACUGUGUAGUGUACCAUGGGAUGAUUUGGCCGAGCAUGUGGCGGCAGUGAGCUGUCCCGUGGCACUCAAUUCGUCCUGCCCUCCGACACCUGGGCCGAGCCAAUCGCUGCUACAUCCGUAUACGGUCAGCUCAAACCACGCGCCGGCGAGCGUGCAUCAGAUGAGUCGAACGACUUCCCAACGCGGCUAUACUAAGGCGUUCACGAACGACGACGAGGAGGAAACCCCCGACUUCCCUUUCUCCACCGCAUCAUCAGGACCAGCGUACAACGUCAUCCCGCACCACGCCGAGGCACUGCGAAUCGCAAGGACCUACCCGCGCGAGCUGAGCCAUCAGGAUCCUACCCCGCUCUUCGAGGCCAUCCGAUGCGCCCUCACCAGCUACCACCCCCGAAGGACCUACUAUCCAGGACUCAGCGCGUGGCUCAGCAGCUGCGUCGAAAGCGUCGCACCCUGGGUGCAGGGAGAGAUCAAAAGCACCCUCGCUGGAUGGCUGCUCAUGUAUGCCACCGAGGAGAGCUGUUAG